CUAGCUAAGCCGGGGAGCGAAAGAUGGCGGCCGGAACGCUGCUGUCCAGUCUUCUCAGGCUGCUGCUUCUGGGGCUCCUGUUACCUGCAAAUGUCGCCGACGCUGUAGGGAGCUUAAACCUGGAGGAACUGAGUGAGAUGCGCUACGGGAUCGAGAUCCUGCCUUUGCCGGUCAUGGGAGGGCAGAGCCAGGCUUCCGACGUGGUGAUUGUCUCCUCCAAGUACAAACAGCGCUAUGAGUGUCGCCUGCCAGCGGGAGCCAUUCACUUCCAGCGUGAAAGGGAGGAAGAGGCACCUGCUUACCAAGGGCCUGGGAUCCCUGAGUUGUUGAGCCCGAUGAAAAAUGCCCCUUGCCUGCUAAAGACCAAGGACUGGUGGACAUAUGAAUUCUGCUAUGGGCGCCACAUCCAGCAGUACCACAUGGAAGAUUCCGAGAUCAAAGGUGAAGUCCUCUACCUUGGUUACUACCAAUCUGCCUUCGACUGGGAUGAUGAAGCAGCCAAGGCCUCUAAGCAACACCGCCUGAAGCGCUACCACAGCCAAACCUAUGGAAACGGAUCCAAGUGUGACCUCAACGGCAGGCCCCGGGAGGCUGAGGUUCGGUUCCUGUGUGACGAGGGUGCUGGUGUUUCUGGGGACUACAUUGACCGGGUGGAUGAGCCUCUGUCCUGCUCUUAUGUGCUGACCAUUCGGACUCCUCGCCUUUGCCCCCACCCUCUCCUGCGGCCACCGCCCAGCGCCGCUCCCCAGGCGAUCCUCUGCCACCCUGCCCUGCAGCCCGAGGAGUACCUGGCCUACAUUCAGCAGCAAGCUGACAAAAAGCCGGAUGGCGGUAACAUCGCAGAGGAGCUGCAAGACCUCGACUCCCAAGUGUGGAGUGAGACCAAGUCUGACCAUGCGGUGCCUCCAGAAAGAGAAGGUACAAGCCCAACCAAGGAAGAGAGUAAGGAAUCCGAUUUCUGGAAGAUGAUUCGUGAGCAGGAAGACCAGGCCCCAGCAGGGGAAGAGGCGCCGGCUGAGGAGCAGGACCCUCAUGGGGAGGCAGCAGAUGCAGCUCCCAGCCGCCCUGAUGAAGCUAAUGCAGAGCCCGGAACAAAGAGGGCGGACGCCUACUCUCCCCUCUCAGAUUUUCAGAGCAAUGUGCAGGUCAAAGUCAUCCGGGACCCCGCAGACUUGAUUCGCUUGAUAGAAGAGCUCAAAGGUGGCACCAAAAAGGGGAAGCCAAAUUCGGUCCAGGAGCAGCCUGUCGAUGCUCCAGAAGAAGCCCUUCGCAGGGACCCCGAGGAGACGGACAAGGGUGGGGACGAGGACCCACCUGGCGUGGUGGAGGAGGCGGAGGAGGACGAGGAGGAAGAUGAAGAGGAGGAGGAACAGCAGCUCCUCGGAGAGUUCGAGAAGGAACUGGAGGGGAUACUGCUCCCAUCAGACCGAGACCGGCUUCGCUCGGAGGUGAAGGCUGGCAUGGAGCAGGAGCUGGAGACCAUCAUCCAGGAGACCGAGAAGGAACUUGACCCAGAUGGGCUGAAGAAGGAGUCGGAGCGUGACCGGGCAAUGUUGGCCCUGACAUCUACUCUCAACAAGCUCAUCAGAAGGCUGGAGGAAAAACAGAGUCCCCAGCUGGUGAAGAGGCGCCGGAAAAGGAGGGUUGUCCCCCCAAAGCCUACCCCCACCCCAAAGCCCACAGAGGAGGAUCCUGAGCACAGAGUCCGGGUCCGGGUCACCAAGCUCCGUCACGGAGGCCCCAAUCAGGAUCUGACUGUCCUGGAGAUGAAACGGGAAAACCCACAGCUGAAACAAAUCGAGGGGCUGGUGAAAGACCUGCUGGAGAGGGAGGGACUCACAGCCGAAGGUAAAAUUGAGAUCAAAAUUGUCCGAACCGGAGCUGAAGGGGCUGAGGAGGAUGCUCGCUGGCUGACCGACGAGGACACAAAACACCUCAAAGAGAUCUUCUUCAAUAUCUUGGUGCAGGGAGCUGAGGAGGCGCAGAAAGAGCGGAGACGGCAGAAGGAGCUAGAGAGCAAUUACCGCCGGGUGUGGGGCUCCCAGGAUGGGGAGGGCACCGGGGACCUGGAUGAGUUCGACUUCUGAGACCGCUGCCACAGAUGACCUUCCAAGGGGACCAGAACUUUCCUGCCUUCCCGCUCCCCUCCCCCAUCCCACUGGGGCCCCUGCAGGCCAAACAGCAAUGUGGUGCUGAGCUGUGGUCUGAGGGUGGGGUGGGGGGUGUCGUGGGCUGGCUGGGUGCUGCUGCUGCUGCUAAGAGCCGCCCUGGAGGCCUCAGCAAGCCUGCGAUUUUCAUUCUCCCAGGAUUCACCUCACCUUCCUCUCCUCCUCAGCCCUUCCCGGAUCCUCUCUAGCGUGUUGGUUCUCCUUCCUGCCCCUCCCGAAGGACACUGAAAAGGCUUCAGGUGGGGUAGGGGUAACAGGAAGAGUAGGGCCUAAGAAGGCAAAUCCCCCCCGUUUGGUGAGUCCUGGUGGCACAGUGGUUAUAGUGCCGGGCCGUGAGCUGAAUGCCCACCCUUGAAUUGGCCCUACCCCAGUUCAAACCCCAGUCAGUCGCUCUGCAGGACAAAGGUGUGGCGGUCUGCUCCUGUACACAGGACAGCCUCAGGAACCCCACGGGGCGGUUCUACUCUGCCCUACAGGGUCGCUGUGUGUCUGAGUCCGCCCCCUGACAGUGGUAGACCUAGUUUGGGGUUCCCUCAUCCCUUCUCUUCAAUGACUUUGGAAUGUCCUCCCUUUUCCUGUUCACAUUGUCCCCAACGGCCUGUGCUUCGGAGUUGAGUCUUCCCUUCUAUUGACCAGAUGGGGGAAAGUUGCCGACCACCUCCGACACAAUCCCUUUGAAAAAGGGGGUGUAGGAUAUCCCCCACAUUCUUGAACAAUCAGGUUUCUAAAUAAAGAACUGGACCAUCA